AUGAAUAAUUCCGAUUUGCUUGAGGUUUUAAGCAAAGGAGUCUUGAAAUGGAACUAUGUCGAGGAUAUCACAGACGUCGAAGAACAAAAUAAUGACGACGAAAAAGAUGACUGUAGAAAAUCUAUACUAGAUGAAAUAUUUCCUCCCAGAGUAUGGACUCGAGUUGAUAAUAAUAACAAAUUGAUAACUUUGAGACAGACAAUUUCCAGAGAACCGUCAAACCGAGACGGUGUGUUCAAAAUGAUUGUGAUAUUAAAUAAUUUAGAGAAGUUUUAUAGUUUCAAGCAAAAAGGGCUAUGCGAGACAAGAAACUCGGUUUACAAUUUUUUUUUCGACGAAGUUUUGAGACAAGUCAUAAUCAUGGAUGAAGAUCUUGGAGCAAUUUUAUUCAGGAUUCACAACGAGUUUAAGAAUAUGAUUUUUAUCUUAAAAUGUAUGUACGAUAAGGCGGUGGAGGCGAAUGACUUGACCCGGCGUUCAUCGGAGAUCGAUCCUGAAUUGUACAAAGAAGUUGAAGACUUGACAAGAAUCAAUAAUGAAUUAAUAAUAAAAUGUAGACAUUCAAAACAGAGGCAUUUAGAGAGAUUAAAGAAAAAAGAGUCUGGUGAGGAUUAUAAAUUCCUAAUUUCGUUGAAAAUGAAACAUAAAAUGCUGAUGAACUACAUAAAAAGAUCUUCUGAACAACUCAAAGAACAGAUGAGUAUGAUGGCGCCGUCGACAAAGACUUCCUAUCUGAUCCAAAGUAAAGUCAAUUCCACAAAGUUGUAAUGGCUUAAAAUCAGGUUAAUAUUUUCUAACCUUUUAUUGCCAUAUUCAAUUGCACCGAUGC